UUUCAGAGUGCAGCAGCCCGUUUCUCCUCUGAAGUUGGCUCCAGCUUUAGCAGCCGCAUUGGAUCCCACAGCGUAUUGCGAGACUCCGGUAUACAACCCGGAUCUCUGCCCCAACAUGAUCGCGGCCCAGGCCAAGCUGGUGUAUCAUCUGAAUAAAUACUACAACGAGAAAUGCCAAGCCAGGAAAGCUGCCAUCGCUAAAACGAUCCGCGAAGUCUGCAAAGUGGUGUCGGACGUGCUGAAGGAGGUGGAGGUGCAGGAGCCGCGUUUCAUCAGUUCCUUGAACGAGAUGGACAACCGCUACGAGGGGCUGGAAGUCAUCUCCCCCACGGAGUUUGAAGUGGUGCUUUAUCUGAACCAAAUGGGGGUUUUCAACUUCGUGGACGACGGCUCUUUGCCGGGCUGCGCGGUGCUAAAGUUAAGCGAUGGGCGCAAGAGGAGUAUGUCCCUCUGGGUGGAGUUCAUCACGGCGUCUGGCUACCUCUCCGCUCGCAAAAUCCGCUCCAGGUUUCAGACUCUGGUGGCUCAAGCCGUGGAUAAAUGUAGUUACAGAGAUGUGGUAAAGAUGGUAGCAGACACCAGCGAAGUGAAGCUGAGAAUCAGGGAUAGAUACGUAGUGCAGAUCACUCCGGCGUUCAAAUGCACGGGGAUCUGGCCAAGGAGUGCUGCCCACUGGCCGCUUCCCCACAUCCCCUGGCCGGGACCCAACCGGGUGGCCGAGGUCAAGGCGGAGGGCUUCAACCUCCUGUCCAAGGAGUGCCACUCGCUGGCCGGCAAGCAGAGCUCAGCCGAGAGCGAUGCCUGGGUGCUGCAGUUCGCCGAAGCCGAGAACAGACUGCAGAUGGGCGGCUGCAGGAAGAAAUGCCUCUCCAUCCUCAAAACCUUACGGGACCGGCACCUGGAGCUGCCGGGCCAGCCCCUCAACAACUAUCACAUGAAGACUCUGGUUUCAUACGAAUGCGAAAAGCACCCCCGAGAAUCGGACUGGGACGAGUCCUGCUUGGGGGACCGGCUCAACGGGAUUUUACUGCAGCUCAUCUCCUGCCUUCAGUGCAGGAGAUGCCCACAUUACUUCUUGCCCAACUUAGACCUGUUUCAGGGCAAACCUCAUUCGGCCCUGGAAAACGCGGCCAAACAAACGUGGCGACUGGCUAGGGAAAUACUCACCAACCCGAAAAGUUUGGAGAAACUUUAGAGGGUAAUAAAAAACGGGCCUAACCGGUACAUCUGCUUAUGUCCUGAUGAAAUUUAAGCUUCCUGUUCGAAAAGUCAAAUAUUUCCACUUGACACUGCAAAUAAUAUUCUCUUUUAAAAAGGAAUAUAGCUUAGGCUCUUCACAAAGAAAAACAAAUAAAAACAGCAAGUAUCACUCCUCUUCAUCACAGUUUUGCAGUUCCCCGUGAGAAAAACAAAAAUGUUACCCGGAAAGCAAAAUUGGCUGUAAUUUAACAUGAUUGUGACCAUUCCGCCUAGAAACGGUACCAACGGAUUAUAACAAAACCCAGUAUUUUUAUGUAAUCCCUCUGUGAGUAAAAGCUAUUUGGAUAUGCCACCUGAACAAACCCUAAUGUACCUUUUAAUUUGUAUCAGAUAU